UGAAAACAGUGUCAUUUGACAAAGAACCUCUCCGCAGAAGGAGGCCCGGCUCAUCGGCAGCUCCUGUUCGCGCCCUCCAAGGGAUGAAGAUGUCGCAGGCUCUGCUCCUGGUGGUCGCUCUGUCGGCGUUCGGACGCGUCCUCAUCCACGCCUCGUUCGACCCGAGCCUCGUUGUCGACACGGCUAAAAUAAUAUUGGACAAUUACUGCUCGCCGGAGAAGCUGGCGGGGAUGGAGGCGGCGAUUGAAGCCGCCCGGAACAACACGAGCAUCCUGAACGCCCCUGAUGGCGAAUCGAUGGCUGAAGUCCUGAGCGCCGGUGUCCAGGCCACGAUCAGGGACCCGCGCCUGAAGGUCUCCUAUGAGCCCAACCACGUCCCCGCGCCUCCCCGGAAGCUGCCUCCGCUGCCUCCGGAGCAGCUCGUCUCCGUCCUCCAAGCCUCCAUCAAGCUGGACAUCCUGGAGGGCAACGUCGGCUACCUCAGGAUCGAUCACAUCCUCGGGGAGGACGUGGCUGAGAAAGUGGGCCCUCAGCUCCUGGAGCUGGUCUGGAACAAAGUCCUGCCCACCUCAGCGCUGGUCUUCGACCUGCGCCACACCACCAGCGGGGACGUCACGGGAAUCGCCUACAUCGUGUCCUAUUUCUCCAAAGCGGAGCCCCUGAUCCACAUUGACAGCGUGUACGACAGGCCGUCCAACACCACCACCGAGCUGUUCACGCUGCCCACGCUGCUCGGAGAGCGCUACGGCCCCGACAAGCCCCUCGUCGUCCUCACGGGCGGCUCCACCAGGGGCGUCGCCGAGGACGUGGCCUACUGCCUCCAGAAGCUCAAGAGGGCCACCGUCGUGGGGGAGAGGACGGCCGGGGGUUCGCUGAAAGUCGACAAAAUCCGAGUGGGCGACACCGCCUUCUACGUCACCGUGCCGACGGCGAGGUCCAUCAAUCCGGUCACCGGCUCCACGUGGGAGGUGACGGGCGUGACCCCGGACGUGGAGGUCACGGAGGAGGACGCGCUCGCCGCCGCGCUCAAGGUCGUGGACCUCCGGAGCCGGGUCCCGGCGGUGGUCGAGGGCGCGGCGGCCCUGGUUGCCGACAACUACGCCUUCGAAGAGGUCGGAGCGGACGUCGCAGAGAAGCUGCGGGAGCGGCUGGCGAACGGCGAGUACGGCUCGGUUCUGUCCGUGGAGAGUCUGGAGGCCAAGUUGUCUGAGGACCUGAAAAAGCUGUCUGGGGACAAAGGGCUGAAAACCACCAGCAACACUCCACCUCUGCCACCGAUGAACUACUCCCUGGAGACGUACAUCCAGCUGAUCAAGGUGUCCUUCCACACCGACGUCCUGGAGAACAACGUGGGCUACCUGCGCUUCGACAUGUUCGGGGACUUCGAGGAGGUCAAGCCCAUCGCCCAGAUCAUCGUGGAGCACGUGUGGAACAAAGUGGUCCACACUGACGCGCUGAUCAUUGACCUCAGGAACAACCUCGGAGGCCCCACGACAGCCAUCGCAGGCUUCUGCUCCUACUUCUUCGACGCCGACAAGCAGCUGGUGUUGGACAAGCUGUACGACCGGUCGUCUGGAGCCACCACGGAGCUCCAGACGCUGGCCGAGCUCACUGGGGCGAGAUACGGCUCCAAGAAGAGCCUCGUCGUCCUCACCAGCAGCGCGACCGCCGGCGCCGCCGAGGAGUUCGUGCACAUCCUGAAGAAACGCGGCCGCGCCAUGGUCGUCGGCGAGACCACCGCCGGGGCCUCCCACCCGGCCAGAACCUUCCCCGUGGGCCACACCGGCGUCUUCCUCAGCAUCCCCACCGUCCGCUCGGACACGACCGCCGGCCCGGCCUGGGAGCGGGUCGGCGUCACGCCGCACAUACCUGUAGCAGCCGCCGUCGCCCUGGAGACGGCCAAGGGCAUCCUCAGCAAGCACAUGGGAGGGCGGAAGUGAACGGGACGGUCCCUUUUGGUUUGGGAGCCCAGCGGGUUCAACAUUUAGAACCCUUAAGGAUGUAGGUUAUGUGAAAACUAUAAUCUGUUAGUAGUCGUCUCAACCUUGUAGAGCAAAGGUUCUUCAGCAUUGGAAACUGUCCUUCAAUCACAUCACAUGAUGUCAUCGUUGUCUCUGAACGACGCUGUAUGUGCAUGCCUUUAGAUGGGUUGUAUCAAUUCCAAUAGGAAGAAUCAGCGAACACAUUAAACAACAUUUGCUCAACAACCUGUGUCGGUCAGUGU